UAUUAAGAAAUUCCGCCUGAUCAAGUCGGAUAAGUCUUGUAAGUUGUAGAUAUUUAGAUUAUACUUGUUUAUCUAAUACCGUGCCGUCAAAAACUGUAUUUAGAACUCUCAUCUUGCAUCUAUAGACAUGCAGAGAGCGGAAAAGUGCAUUGACCUUUCCAACUCUGACGCUACCGUACGCUGUCUCCAAUACAGAAUUCUCCGUUACCGUAUUUCUUCGACGAAGCUCGAAAUUAUCAUAUUGAAUCGAGUAUUUGCUGAGCCUCCCUCAAAUCAUUUUUGUUUGGUUGAUCUCUGCAAGCAAUGGAGGAACCCUCUUCUAUAGCAGACGCAGGGAUUGAGCAUGGCGUAGUGGCCGAAUCUCCUAAAGAUGCCACGCCUAGCUCUGAUGAAACGCCCAGCACAGACAACUCUAUAGGAAACGAUAUCACAGUCAUGGCUGACUCUUCGCUCGUUGAAAAGAUGGAGGAAGUCCAGCCAGUGGAACAGCAGGUACCGGAGACAGUGCCUGAGCAGGGGGAGGGUGGGAAAUUAAUGGAACAGCCAGCAAUGGACAAGAGUGAGAAAGAGGGUGCAGAAGGUGGUGGGGCCUGUAGUGCAAUGGACACUGAAACGGGAGAAGUGAGAGGCGCAGAGGGAGGCAUUCCAGAAGAAAGCAAAGGUGCUACUGCAGCUGCAAUUUCUGAUGCGGUUGCGACGGGGUCGGCGUCUGCCAGCCCUCGCUCUGCGGCCCAGCCGGUCCAAGCCUACCAUGUGAAGUGGGUCACAUGGCGUAACCAGAACACGCCCAUCAUUACCCAGAACGAGAACGGACCGUGUCCUCUCAUCGCGAUCGUCAACGUCAUGCUGCUUCGGGAGACCAUUCAGAUUCCACAGAUGGUGGAGAUGGUUUCGGCCAGUCAGCUCUUUGAGUAUCUUGGAGAUCAUCUGCUGUCCAGGAUGCCUGAGAAUGCAGCAGAUGAUAUUCAGAAGAACUAUGAGCAGAACAUGCAUGAUGCUAUGGAAAUCAUGUCACGCCUACAGACAGGCCUAGAUGUCAAUGUCAAAUUCACAGGAGUGAAAGAUUUCGAGUACACCCAGGAAUGCGUGGUCUUUGACCUGUUAAACAUCGCCCUCUAUCAUGGCUGGCUGUACGACCCUCAGAACCUAGAGGUCGUCUCAGCAGUGGGGACGUGCAGCUACAAUCAGCUGGUGGAGCGUAUCAUUUCUACCAAGUCAUCAGCAGAUGAUGAAGAAGUUAGAAAAGGUCUGUUAGCAGAGCAGUUUCUUGCCAGUAAUGCAUCCCAGCUCACAUAUCAUGGUCUAUGUGAACUCAACUCAACUAUCAAAGAAGAAGAGCUGUGUGUGUUCUUCAGGAAUAAUCAUUUCAGCACACUCUACAAACACAAGAACGAGCUGUACGUGCUAGUCACAGACCAGGGUUUUUUGACGGAGAGCAACGUUGUCUGGGAGACCCUGUCCAACAUAGAGGGCGAUAGUUACUUUGUUGAUGGUAACUUCCAGCGCAGAGCAGUCUCCUCGGGUCCACUCAAUCCUCCCCCUCCUAUGAGCACAUCUCAACAAAUAGAUACAGAUCUACUAUUAGCAUUAUCACUACAAGACAACAACCCUCAGGGAGGGGAGGGUGCAUCAAACAAUCAACAGCCCAAUGCAGAAGAGGCUCCUGCAGAUGUGAAGCUGCCAAAGGACAUGCUAACAGACCACCAAUUGGCAAUGCAGCUACAGCAGGAGGAGGAUUACCGGAUAGCACAGCAGAUCAGUCAAAACGAUCAAGAACAGCAACAACAACAAGGACAACAACAACAGCAGCAACCUCGGCGUAGCCCGUCAGGUCAGAGCGGUGCUAGGCCAGGUCAAAGGUCGUCAAGGUCAACUCCAAGGCCGCAGGGUGAAGGGGCAGCUAAUGGGGAUGGCAGCGGGUCGAGAAGGAAAGAGGAGAAAAGCUGCACCAUUCUAUGAGCAAAACCUGCCUUUACUGCAACCCAUUAUUAACCAGACUACACCUGUAUAAGUAUACCUGCAUUGUUACUGUUCUCAGAUAUGUGCUAUUGGGAAUUCAAAGAUAAUUAAGCUUGAGUUCUGGGGAAAUUGAAAAAUAUAUCUGUGACAUUGUUCAUUCUUUUGAUGUUAGUGUGGAAGAGUAUCAUAGAAACUAUGUCCCCUGAAAAUGAUGACUCUUCAAAUGCCCUCAUUUUCGAAAUAUGACAAGGAAUAGCUAAAGGUUGUGGACCGUGACUUUCAUAAUAAUAAUAAUAAUAAUAAGUGUGAUUUAUACAGAGCAUAAUAAUCAUCAAAGAUUAUUCUCUAUGCGCUUUACAUUUUUACAUUCAUACAAUUUACAUAUAAGGCCUAUAUCAUUACAUAGAAAUUAUUGAUAAUUGCAUUAUUACAUAUUGUCUAGUCCCAUGUACACAUUUCUGUGUAGAGUACCUGUGACUAGCAAGACAGAGCCAAGUUUUUAUCAUUUUGACGAUUCCCAAACCUGACGGUAUACAUCAAAACUUCUCUGCUACAUGAUCGUCCUUUUCCAAUCACUCGGCCCUCUCCAAUUGCUUCCGCACAGUUUCUUACGCAAUGCAAUCACAUAACCAGGGGGGUGUUUCACAAAGAUCCUAAGUAGAACUUAACUCUAAGUUGGACUUUA